UCCUCACUCUCUGCACUGAGUUGUUUCUCCAAUGACGACCACAAACACCGUAAUGACCACCCCUACCAAAACCCCUUCCAGAAAGCACCACCAAUCAACAGGUCCAUCAAUGUCCGAUCGAUCGGCUUCCGAUUUCAAGACCCGAUUUGAAGCCUACAAUCGUCUUCAGGCGGCGGCAGUCGCGUUCGGGGAGAAACUCCCAAUCCCUGAGAUCAUCGCCAUUGGAGGCCAGUCCGAUGGAAAGAGUUCACUCCUCGAAGCCCUUCUGGGGUUCCGAUUCAACGUUCGUGAGGUCGAAAUGGGCACCAGAAGACCUCUCAUCCUCCAAAUGGUCCAUGACUCAACAGCAUUAGAGCCUCGCUGUCGGUUUCAGGAGGAGGAUUCUGAGGAAUAUGGAAGCCCUAUUGUUUUGGCAUCUGCAAUUGCAGAUAUCAUAAAGUCACGAACUGAUGCACUUCUGAAGAAGACUAAAAGUGCAGUCUCUUCGAAGCCAAUUGUCGUGAGAGCAGAAUUUGCCCAUUGUCCAAAUCUCACCAUUAUUGAUACGCCAGGUUUUGUUCUGAAGGCAAAGAAGGGUGAACCAGAGAACACACCAGAUGAAAUUUUGUCAAUGGUGAAGUCAUUGGCUAGCCCACCGCAUCGCAUCCUCUUGUUCCUUCAGCAGAGUAGUGUGGAAUGGUGCUCGUCAUUGUGGUUGGAUGCUAUUCGCGAAAUUGAUCCAACAUUUAGACGGACAGUAAUUGUUGUCUCCAAAUUUGAUAAUCGGCUCAAGGAGUUUAGUGACCGGUGUGAAGUGGAUCAUUAUUUGAGUGCAAGUGGUUACCUUGGAGAGAAUACUAGACCAUUUUUUGUUGCUCUGCCGAAGGACAGGAGCACAGUUUCAAAUGAUGAAUUUCGCAGGCAAAUAUCUCAGGUGGACCUUGAAGUAUUACGCCAUUUGCGUGAGGGUGUUAGGGGGGGAUUUGACGAAGAAAAGUUUAGGUCCUAUAUUGGUUUUUCCCGUCUCAGAGAUUAUUUGGAGUCUGAGCUUCAAAAGCGAUACAAAGAAGCAGCACCAGCAACUUUAGCUUUGCUUGAACAGCGCUGCAGUGAAGUCACCGCUGAAUUGGCCAGAAUGGACUCCAAAAUACAGGCUACUUCUGAUGUUGCACAUCUUCGGAGAUCUGCAAUGUUGCACACUGCUUCUAUCUGCAAUCACGUGGGGGCAUUGAUUGAUGGAGCAGCUGAUCCUGCCCCAGAGCAAUGGGGGAAAACAACAGAUGAGGAACAAUCAGAAAGUGGUAUUGGGAGCUGGCCUAGUGUUACAGCAGAUAUAAAACCUCCCAAUGCCAGCCUUCGUCUGUAUGGAGGAGCUGCUUUUGAAAGGGUUAUGCAUGAAUUUCGCUGUGCUACAUAUUCCAUUGAAUGUCCCCCAGUAUCAAGGGAGAAGGUGGCAAAUAUAUUACUUGCCCAUGCUGGCCGAGGUGGGGUUAGAGGAGUAACAGAGGCAGCUGCGGAGAUUGCACGAGCUGCUGCCCGGUCAUGGCUUUCUCCUCUUCUUGACACUGCAUGUGAUCGGCUUGCCUUUGUUUUGGGGAACCUCUUUGAUCUUGCUGUGGAGAGAAACCAUUGUCAAGACUCGGACUAUGGGUGUAAAACUGGAGAUAUGGACGGGUAUGUUGGUUUUCAUGCCGCUUUAAGGCACUCUUACAGCAGCUUUAUAAAGGAUCGUGCAAAACAGUGCAAGCAAUUAGUUCGGCACCACCUUGAUUCAGUUACAAGCCCAUAUUCUGAAGUCUUUUACGAGAAUAACUUCCUAGGGACUUAUGGCUUGGGUGCGAACUCCAUUUAUGGAUUUAACCAAGCUUCAGCAGCUUCAUUUACUCUUGAAUUAUCUGAUGGGGAGGCAGCGUUGAGAGGUGAAACCACGAAAGACCAAGAGAAUAUACCACCAGAAAAGACUGUCCAGCAAACCACACCAGGAAAAGUUCCAGAAGCCAGAGAAGCUCUUCGAGAAAGCCAAAUGACUAUACCCGAGACUCCUUCACCAGAUCAGCCAAGUGAAGAAAAUUAUAUUGGAGCUGUUAAGAAGGAACUUGGAAACUGCAUUGAGAUAGGAGCAAGAAAACGGCAUCCUAGAAUAAUGGGCAAUAGCAGAAAUUCAGAUCAUUUGCAAUCCCAAAAUGGUGGUGGUUUUUUAUUCAGGAGUGGGGAUAAUAACAGUUCAAGAUCAAGGUCAGCUUACUCAGAGAUCUGUUCUUUAGCUGCGCAGCAUUUUGCACGGAUACGUGAAGUUCUGGUUGAGCGGAGCGUGACAUCAACUUUAAACUCUGGUUUCUUAACCCCUUGCCGGGAAAGUCUUGUGGUAGCACUUGGACUGGACUUGUUUGCUGUCAAUGAUGAGAAAUUCAAGGACAUGUUUGUUGCACCUGGAGCAAUUGACAUCCUACAAAAUGAGCGGCAGUCUCUUCAGAAGCGCCAGAAAAUACUGCACGCUUGCUUGAACGAGUUCAAAACCGUGGCAUGUACACUUUGAUGGAAGCCUUUCCGUCAGACAAAACUAGAUUGACACCACUAAGAGUUCAUAGGUGCACCAUCUUGUGAACAUUUAUGUUAAACUGUUGAAGUGUGAGUUUUCACAACAUUCUUUCUCAGCGUGAGUGAGUUGCUUUCAUUUGGGGCCGUUUGUUUUUAGAGGUAAAAUGAAGGGAAUUGAUAGUGAAGGAAUUAAUAGUGAUGGGAUUGAGUAAAAUUGUGUUUGUUUUGAUGAUAAUUAUUAGUAAGGGUGCAACUCGGGCGGGUUCAGUCGGGUUGGGAGGUUGUCCAAACUCAGUCCAAGUUGUGCUAAGACCUACCCAAGCCCGCCCAAGCCCAAAUUGUAACCCGAGGUUGUUUGUCCAAGCCUGACCCGAGUUAAACCUGAGUUGCCCAAGUUGCCCAAGUUGUAAAUGAAUUUUAGUUUUUUUUUUUCUUUCUUGUAAUUACAUUAUUAAAUUAUUAAAAUUUGACUCUAUUUACAA